AUGGCGGCGGCGCAGGCGGAGGCGGGCGGGGAGUGCUCGGUCCAGGCCGGUCCCGCCGGUCCCGCGAUGGGCGCUGUGGGGGCCGCGGGCCCCGCCGUGAACCACCCCGAGGCCGCGGAAGAGGAGCUGUCGCCGCCGCCGCUGCCGGGGCUGCAGCUGGUGCAGCAGGGCGCCGAGGCGCACGUGUACCGCGGGCUGUUCCUGGGCCGCAAGGCCGUGGCGAAGCUCCGCGUCCCCAAGCGGUACCGGCACCCGGCGCUGGAGGAGCGGCUCAGCCGGCGCCGCACGACCCAGGAGGCGCGGUCGCUGCUGCGGUGCCGGCGGGCAGGGAUUCCAGCUCCAGCUGUCUACUUCGUGGAUUAUGUCACCAACUCCAUAUAUCUUGAAGAUAUUGUAGACUCAGUUACAGUUCAAGAUCAUAUUUACUCUGUACAGCGGAGUGGAAAUGACACCAGCAGCCUCCAGGACUUAGCAGAGAAGAUGGGUGAGCUGUUAGCGAGGAUGCACGAUGAAGAUAUUAUCCAUGGGGAUCUCACAACUGCCAACCUCCUUCUGCGGCCACCCGUGGAGAAGUUGGACUUGGUGUUGAUAGACUUUGGACUCAGUUUUAUUUCAGGUCUCCCAGAGGAUAAAGGAGUCGAUUUGUAUGUUCUGGAAAAAGCCUUCAUUAGCACUCAUCCAGAUACUGAAGUGAUGUUUAAGGCUCUGCUGAAGAGCUAUGCUGCCGCAUCUAAAAAAUCUGGUCCUGUGAUCAAAAAGCUGGAUGAGGUGCGACUGAGGGGAAGGAAGAGAUCCAUGAUUGGGUAGAAGAGGGCAGGCUUAGGGAUGGGGCAAUAUUACCUUGUGCGGAUAGGGCUAUUUAUAUUUCUAGUUGGGUUUAUUUCACAUAUCACUAUUUUGAUAACUGUGUCUUCAAAUAAAUAAAUUUGAACGAGUUUAAGUG